UGGAGAGAGCAUCUCAAAUCACCUUCUUCCUGUUACUUAUCAUCCAUUUCGGCGCAGCUCAAAAUGCUACCACAAGUGGAGCAGAUGAGUUCCCUGUCGGAGUGAUCCUUGACUUGGAUUCAUUGGGGGGCAAGAUGACACGGACCAGCAUUUUGAUGGCCCUGGAAGACUUCUAUGCAGUCCACAGAAACUACAGCCCGAAGCUAGUUCUCCACAUCAGGGACUCCAAAAGUAACAAUGUCCAAGCUGCAUCAGCAGCUCUCGACCUGCUAGAGAAUUACAGUGUCCAAGUUAUCAUAGGCCCUCAAACAUCUUCACAAGCAGCAUUUGUAUCGGCUCUCGGGAAUAAAACUCAGGUCCCUGUCAUCUCCUUCACAGCAACAAGCCCAUCUCUUUACUCUGGCAGUCUUCCAUAUUUUGUUCGUGCAACAUUGAGUGACUCUACACAAGUGAAUAGCAUUGCCUCCCUAAUUAAGGUCUACGGGUGGAGACAGGUGGUGCCAAUUUAUGAAGAAACUGACUAUGGUAGAGGUGUCAUACCAUAUCUCAUCGACGCCCUCCAAGAAAUUGAUGCCCGUGUUCCCUAUCGGAGUGUGAUCCCUCUGUCAGCAACUACUGAACAAAUUACCCAAGAACUCUAUAAGUUAAUGACAAUGCAAACAAGGGUCUUCGUGGUGCAUAUGUCACCUGAUUUGGCGUCAAUCCUCUUCACAAAGGCAAAAGAGGUUGGUAUGAUGAAGAAAGGAUUCGUAUGGAUCAUGACAGAUGGACUAACCAAUGUCAUAGACUCCAUGGACCCUUCUGUCAUGGAUGCAAUGAAUGGUGUUUUAGGUGUAAAAUUUUAUACUCCUAAAUCAGCAGAAUUGGAUAACUUCACCAUACGCUGGAACAGGAGAUUACAGAUUGAUAACCCAAAUGAUCCACCACUGAAACCAACCAUAUUUGAACUCUGGGGCUAUGAUACUAUAUGGGCGGUAGCACAAGCAGUUGAAAACCUUGGUAUUAAGAACAAAACAUCAUUUCAAAAACCAGCAGUUGCAAGAAAUAUGACAAGCUUGGGAACUUCUGUUUAUGGACCGGAUCUCCUAAAGACCAUCUUGCAAUACAAAUUUAGAGGUUUGAGUGGUCAUUUUGACCUUUCUGGCAGGCAGCUGCAAGCCUCUACAUUUCAGAUCAUAAAUGUAGUUGGUAAAGGGUGGCAACAAAUUGGGUUUUGGACUGCAGAGAAUGGUAUUUCCCGGCGACUAUAUCACGGGGAAGCAAUGCCACAUCAUUCAGGCUUAGCUUCUGACCUAAACCCCGUGAUUUGGCCGGGAAAAUCAACAGAGAUACCGAGAGGGUGGGAAGCUCCUGUAAAUGGGAAGAAGCUUCGAGUAGGAGUGCACGCAAGUGUAUACCCACAAUUUAUGACAAGUGAAAAGGAUCCAAUCACAGGGGCAACUAAAGCAAGUGGCCUUUCAAUUGAUGUAUUCGAAGAGGCAGUUAAAAGACUUCCCUAUGCACUACCCUAUGAAUAUGUAGCAUUUGGCACUACAAAUGACACAAGCAGUGGAGGUUAUGAUGAUUUUAUUUACCAAGUUUACCUUAAGAAAUAUGAUGUAGCAAUUGGGGAUAUAACAAUCUCACAUAACAGAACUUCCUACGUCGAUUUCACUCUACCGUACACAGAAUCAGGAGUGGCAAUGGUUGUUCCAGCCAAGAGCAGCAGAACUAACAAAGCAUGGAUUUUCCUUCUGGAAAACAACAUAAAUAUUACUGGAGAAGUUCUGAGAAACAUCGGGAUUAUGACAUUUUUUUCUCUAUUUGGAGACAGGGACAGAGUGAGACACUUACUAUCUCGGAUAGUCUUGAUUGUAUGGGUGUUUUUCUUCCUUGUAUUGUCAGCAAGCUACACCGCAAAUUUGGCAACAAUGCUUACCAUAAGACAACUAAAUCCAACUAUAACCGAUAUCCAUGACCUCCGUAGAAGUGGGGACUAUGUAGGAUGCACUCAUGGUUCCUACGUCCAGAGUCUACUGGAACAACUCAAUUUCGACAAAUCGAAGAUCAAGACCUAUAGUACCUAUGACGGAUUUUACAGUGCACUCUCGAAGGGAAGCAAAAAUGGCGGAAUUGCCGCGUUCAUUCAUGAAGUUCCAUACAUCAGAUUAUUUCUGGCAAGGAACUGCAAAGGAUACACCAUGGUUCCAUUUUAUAAGGCAGCAGGUUUUGGAUAUGCAUUUCCAAAAGGAUCUCCUCUAGUUGGGGACAUCUCAAAGGCAAUCCUCAGUGUAAUAGGAGGAGAUACCAUCAAUCAAAUUGAGAAGAAAUGGAUCGGAGUAGGAUAUGAAAACAACUGUAACAAUGCAGGACGUGCACCUGAUCCAGACGAACUCACGUUUGGCAGUUUUCGAGGACUUUUCAAACUUAAUGUAGCUAUCACGACAUCCUGUUUUGUGGUAGCUGUGAUCAUUUACUUGUAUCCAAGGAACGAGCAACGUGGCCAAAAUGGGGAGCAGGCACAAGGAAAUGGAGGCGGGCAACCUGGCCAUAAUGGGGCGCAGGCACAAGGAAAUGGAGGCGAGCAACCUGGCCAUAAUGGGGAGCAGGCACAAGGAAAUGGAGGCGGGCAGGCUGGAGGCGAGCAACCUGGCCAAAAUGGGGAGCAGGCACAAGGAAAUGGAGGCGAGCAGGCUGGAGGAGCGAUGGUUCAACAGUCUCCUAUGGGGGUCCAAGAAGAGACAGGUCAACAAACAAGUGAAGAUGCUCGAGGAGGGAUGGUUCAACUGUCUCUUGUCAGGGUCGAAGAAGUCAUAGGUCAACAAACAAGUGACCAUACGCGCGAUGGUUCGACUGUCGCUGAUACCGGCCGCAGAAGUCUUAGCACAUGA